GUGGUCAUUUUCAGAUUGUUACACAGGUUGUAGAUAUUAAGAUUGAUAUGAUAUGUCAAUAUUAUUAGAACAGAAUUGAUCAAUUAUGGGUUAUGAUAUGGAAAUAAAAGCAUUGAUAUAAUGGAAAUGUAAUGAAAAUGAAACCAAUAUAAUGAAAAUCUGUUUCUGUGUUCAGGUAAGUUUGUGUUCAGGUAAUUUAGGUAAUUACACUUAGUUGGACAAUUUUCAAUUUUCCUUGUUUGUCAGUUUUGUAAAAAAAAUAAAUAAAAAUAAUAACCAAACUAUAAAUAAUAGCCAAUGAAAUAAUAAUGUUUACACACAGCAGUUAACAACAGCCUUGGGCAUAACAUAAACAUUUGAAAUGAAAGCAUUUCUCUAUGAAGUACACACACACACACAAUGAUUUCGAGUUUCAUAAUAUUAUGGUACCAAGACUCAGGAUCUCUCGCUGUUCAUAUAAACCUAUUUAAGUCCUAAACAUUCACACUGUCAGAAUACCCAAAACCAUCUUUAAUUAAAAAAGCCCUUAGUUUUGGAUUUGUUUGUGAGUAGAUUACUUCGAAGAGAAACUUUAUUUCUGUCUUGUGGAGGUAGAAUACAUAAAAGUAUGAUGAGAUUGUUGACUUUGUCCUAACUUCUUCCUGAAUUUCACCUCUCCAAGUGACUCUAUAAGAGUGGAUAUUUCCCUAUAAUGACUUCAAUUAAUAAAAUGACAGCAGAUAAGACACUUGCUAUAUUGUUAAGUGUAUAUAAAAACUGCCUGUAAAGUCUUUUCAGUAAAGACUACAGCUAGUGCAAUCAACUCCUGAGUGAAACUCAACUUGGAUUUACAUGCCACAUACCACAUACCUUCUGGCCUGUUGAAACACAUUGCUGUGCAAGCUAAACCAGCUACUUGUUUGAGACAGACAGUUUUGAUUUGGCUGAAGGCAUACUAAGAUAACAUUAUUUAAUACACCGGUGAACAGGCUACAACUGAAAACAACCUUUAAUAUAUUGACUGAAAAAAAAAGAAAAGAAAAAAGAAUACAUUGUUUUUUAACAUAGCAGCAAUUAUGGCCAAGGCAUCAGCACUGAACAAGGGACUAAAAUGAGCUUUAGCAACAUGCAAAGUUAAAUUGUUAGUACCACCAUUGAUAUACUGAUGGUAAAAACUCUAUGCCCUAUGUCUAUGUCAGAGGUGCUGGUUCUAUUAGACUUUGAGGGAACAAUGGGGGAUGAGAUAACAGUGCAUGCAGGCGAUGUGGUGAAGAAUGUGACAGUGUCCAGUGAGGAGGGCUGGCUGGAAGGAGAGCUCCGGGGAAAGAGAGGCAUCUUCCCUGCUAACUUUGUCAAGGAGGUACCUAUUUCCUUGAAAGGAGACAGUAAGAGGGAGCCACGAAGCAUGAGAAAAUCAAAGAUGAUGAAGGAGCAGUGCAGGAAAUGUGAAGUGACUUAUUCCUACACACCACUGCACCAAGAUGAACUCGAGCUAGUUAUUGGAGAGACUAUAGAGAUCAUCAGAGAGAUUGAAGAUGGAUGGUGGAUGGGGAAAAAAGGUGGAAAAAUAGGAGUGUUUCCAUCAAACUUUGUGAAAGAAAUUUUUGUCUGUCCAAAAGAUGUGAGAAGCAGAGCUAAACUCUCUGAGGCCAUAUUCAUUAAAGAGGGAGGACAACAGCAGAGAGCAAGUAUACGUAAAAAGACAAACAUAAAAGAAUGUUGCCAAGUCAUGUUCGACUACACAGCCAUUGCUGAGGAUGAACUAGAUCUAAAGAAGGGAGACAUUGUCACCAUCAUCAACAAGGUCAGCGAUGAUGAGGGAUGGUGGGAAGGUGAACUGAAUGGCCGAAGGGGCUUCUUCCCUGACAACUUCGUCAUGAUAAUCCCAGUGGAAGCUCUCCAAGAAAAAAUCCAACCACCACUGAGACGUGGCACAGAAAAGCAUCCAGUAAACCAAGCUUCUGGAAUGGAUAAAAGCAGUAUUGAAGUCCACACAAAGACAGAAACCAAAGAUGAGAAGUCGGAAGCCAGAAAUCUCAGAAGUGAUGUUCCUGGUAAAAUAAAGCUGCCUAGUUUGUUCAAAGUCCCACCGCCUCCAGUUAAAGAUAAACCACAGAAGGUUACAUCCAAGCCAAGUGAUGACCAGCCUCCUGCCUCACCAAAACCCACAGAUAGUAAGCCUAAAGAUUCAGACCAGUUUGAUGGCGUCGAUGUGUCUUCUGCUAAACUCAACCAUCCCACAGCCAACAGGGCCAAACCUCCACAGAGGAGACCACCAACACACACACCUCCAUCUGGUGACACCAACCAAAAUGAGGCAUCAGCAUCAACAGAAACAGAUGGAGCUGAUAAAAAGCAUACAGUUCAUCCCAAGGACACAGGAAAUAAUUUACCAUUGAACAGCAAGACCUCCGCUAUUUUAGCACCUCAGAAUCCCACUGUGUCUAAAACUGAGACAGAGACAAAACCAACAGUGGAGAAACCAACACUGGAUCAGGUUCUUGCUGAACUGAAAGAACUGCGCAUGGAAAUGGAGCUGUUCAAAACCCGGCACGAUACAGACAUGAAAGAGCUUAAAGACGAGCUAGAUGAGGAAAGGAGCAAACGAAUGAAAUUACAGGAUGAAGUACAAGUGCUGAGGAGGCAGAAGUAACUACAACUCAGCAAAGAUUUGGACUUGAGAUUGUGUUUUUAAUGUGCCGAGCUGCUCUCAGUGGAAUGCUGAAUCAGGAUACCAUGACACACAGUAUGAGUGAAGAGACAAAACAGACUGACCUGGAGACCCACACAUCAGACCUCACAGCAGUUAUUGAUUCAAUCGUUCUUUUAUAUAUAUAUUGUAUUUACAAGAGGGAGAACUUAAGUGCGCAUGUAUUCUAAUGCAUCUCUGAAUAGCAGUUAUUGGUUAUAGGAAAAGAUAAAUGUCUCUACUUCAUAGAGCAUUUCUAUGACACCAAGAACCUUUUUUGUGUGCGUUGAGUCCUCAUACUAUGUGUUCCAAAGAUCAUAAUGUUCUAGUUUAAUAUCUGAUGUCUAAGCCCAUAUUUUAAAUGGUAUUUUAUCAGUUAUCUUUAAAUCUCAUCACAGCUAUUAAUAACUUUGCCAUUUUUCCAGGCACACAUAUCAUUAUCGUCUUUGUUUAAUACAUUCGUUAACAUGAACGAAUUGUGUACUGUACUUCAGCAUUAAUAUACCAUAAAUAACAUUAACCAAGUAACUAACACCUGUAUUGAUUUUUAAAAAAUAAACCAAAUACUCAAAAUUAUCUAUCUGUUAACCAAUGUUCAUACCAUUAGUGAGUAAAAUUAAGCCCAUAAUGACUAAAUGAAACAACAUCUUAAUGAACAUGUUUGAGGUUGUUAAGUGAGACUGAAAAGCAAGUUCUAAUACUUACACCUGUAAGCUUCAGUUAAUAUUUUUUAUAACUUGAUUUGUUUUUUCUUGAAAUUACUUUUGGUAUAUUAAUGCUGAAGUUUAUAGUUUGUUAAUGUUAACUAAUGCAUUAAAUUAUGUCAGUUAAGCGAACGUUGAUGUAUAGUAUCACCAUUUUUUUUCUAGUCCUAUGUUUUCCAAGGUGGUAGAUGGCUCAUUAGUGUAUUUGACUUAAAUAAAACAAAACAAAAAAAUGUAUAUGUAAUGAUGUGGUACAGAAUGAUGAGAAUAAUUUAAAAGUACUUUAAAAUGGCUAAGAUGUACUUGGUUGAAAAAGCUCCUGAAGCUCAAAGGUUAUUUUACAUGCUGGCUGAACCAGUGUUAUAUUUUCCCCCAUUUCUUAUCUGCCUCACUUUGAACUGAGUUAUCUUAAAGCUGUGUCUAUUUAAUUGUGUACACCACAAGGACCACAAAGCUUUUUUAUGUUAAGGAUUAUGCUGUGUGUUAUUACAGAACUGCAAUGUUUCUCAGGAUUUGUACACUAGAGCUUCACUAUGAUUUGUGAAUUUAAGGUGAUGGAAUAAAAGUGGAUGUAUUACAAAUAACUAAUGUGACAUAGAAUCAGCCAUGUAAUAUAUUUUAUUAUUUAUACAAAACAUUUCUGGGUACUUGGCAUGGUGGCACAGCGAGUACUAUUGCUGCCUCACGGUGACAGGGUUGCCGGUUUGAUCAUGAGUUUGGGUUGCUGACUGUGUGGAGGUUUUUUGUUUUGUUUUGUUUUGUUUUUAAAAGCUGCUAAUAGCUGCUUGUGAAUAAAUAAAGUUUUGUAAAAUAGCAUGCCAUCAUUGGGCUUGCUUAUAAAUAAAAAAGUGGAAAGUGA